AUGGAUUUGAUGAACAGUGUUUUCCAUCUGUAUCUCGAUAAGUUUGUCCUAGUCUUCAUCGAUGAUGUACUGAUAUACUCCAAAAAUGAAAAGGAAUACGAGGAACACCUGCGGCUUGCCCUAGAGACGCUACGGGAAGAGAAGUUGUACGCCAAAUUCAGCAAGUACGAAUUCAGGAUUCUCAAAUAUUGCGAGGCCAAUGACUCAGCAACUCAAGAAGGGAACCAAGGUCUCAUGGUCUCCCGAGUGCGAGGUAAGCUUCCAAUUACUGAAGGAGAAAUUGACCAGCGCACCUGUACUAGCAGUCCUAGAGCCAGGACGGACUACGUUGUCUACACGGAUGCCUCCAAGAGCGGACUUGGAUGUGUGCUGAUGCAGAAUGGGAAGAUGAUCGCUUGCGCAUCACGACAGCUCAGGCCACACGAACUCAACUAUCCAACACACGAUUUAGAGCUAGCUGCAGUGGUACACGCAUUGAAAAUCUGGAGACACCACCUAUACGGAGUUAAGUGCGAGAUUUUCACGGACCACAAGAGUCUCAAAUACUUCUUCGAGUAG